CCCAGAUUUGCUGUAUCUGCAGUUUGCCGAGGACCUUUACCUGUAUCCAUCUGAGGCCGCUGUGGUUCUCCUAGUUUGACUUUAACUCGUCGAAACAAACAGUGGUUGGGAUUCAGACAAACUUGUCGUGUCGUGAGUUACAAUUUUCCCGUUUAUUUGAACGCAGCAUACGUAGUCGCGUGGAGACGACGUCAGCCAAACAACAGUUAAACCCGCCUGGGAGCUGCUCUCUCUCUGUCUGCUUCAAGACACGGAUUUAUAAAACAACAACUAUAAACACACGACACAACAACAGACAUGUCUGUCAACUAUGCAGCCGGGCUGUCGCCGUAUGCGGAUAAAGGUGUUUGCGGACUUCCUGAGGUGUUUGAUAACCCCGAGGAGCUGAAGGCGAAGGUGGACACGCUUGCUCAGUUGAUUAAAGAAUCUGAGUACCUGGUCGUCCACUCCGGAGCAGGAAUCAGCACCUCAGCAGGCAUUCCCGACUUCAGGGGUCCAAAGGGUGUGUGGACGUUAGAAGAAAAGGGUGAGUCACCUCACUUCGACACAACAUUUGAAGAUGCCCGACCCAGUUUGACUCACCUGGCCCUCCUGGGACUGCAGAGGGCCGGAUACCUCAAGUAUCUCAUCAGCCAGAACGUGGAUGGCCUGCAUGUCCGAUCAGGUUUCCCCAGAGAUCUGUUAUCCGAGCUUCAUGGGAACAUGUUUGUGGAGGAGUGUGAGAAGUGUGGCAGGCAGUACGUGAGAGAAAAGGUGAUCGGCGUGAUGGGGCUGAAACCGACAGGACGUCACUGUGAGGUGAAACGAUCCAGAGGGCUCCGAGCCUGCAGAGGAAAGCUGAUAAGCACGAUAUUAGACUGGGAGGAUGCUCUUCCUGACAGAGACCUGAACAAAGCAGAUGAUGCCAGCAGACGAGCAGACCUGGCGCUGACGCUCGGCACCUCCUUGCAGAUCAAACCCAGUGGAGACCUUCCACUCCUCACCAAGCGCAAAGGAGGAAAAGUGGCCAUUGUCAACCUGCAGCCCACAAAACACGACAAGCAUGCGCACCUGCGUAUCUAUGGUUACGUGGAUGACGUCAUGAAACAGCUGAUGGAGAAGCUGGGAUUGGACAUGCCAAAGUGGGAGGGACCGACCGUCUGCGAGAGCUCCACAGCCACCUCAGAGUCCCCCGUCGAUGUCAAGCCACCACAUGCAAUCACUGCAAAGAACAAGGUGAAAAAGGACCUCAUUAAGGAGGAAAGGAAACGGGAAGCAACGGCCCUAACAGAUGAUGGGAGCGUUAAGGAGGAGAAGGGUUCAGUAAAGAGGGAGAGAGCAGACUCCCCAGUGGAGAUAAAUGAAGAGAAAAUAGCCUGAGGUAUUUUUUCUUACAAACACAACCCCGUCCAGAAACAAACUAUAACUGAGGGUGCUCGAUUUGAUCAAUUUUACAGAGUUUCUUCUCAUCUUCCACCCUCUGGGGUAAUGACUCUUCUAGUGCUGUAGUGGUUUUGUUAGUCCCAGAUCGUGCACUCUCCAACUGUGACUCCUAAGCUGAAAGUUGACCUUAUAAAGUGAAAAUUAGCUAUGUGAUUGUGUCCUGGCUAAAAGGACGACUCUACAAUUAGACAUAUUUUAUUUGAAUUUCUGCUCAAACAACUGUUGCAUGUUUUCCAACCUGUUUAUUUACUUUUAUCUGAGAUCCAGUUUAACAGACAGGAUGAUGAGAUGAGGUCAGUGGCGCUUGGUUAUAAAUAAAACUUUUUAAUAAGGUGUGUAAGGCUGCUGCACCUUAUUAAAAGCAUUAUUUAUAACCAAGUGCUCCAGAUCUCAUCCCUACAGACGUAGCCUUUAAAGAUGACUUGGUUCAAUACUUUACAAGAAGAGGAGCAUCUCGAGCCUGACUGACAAGUAGCCUUGUGCUGCUGCGGAGAAUUUUAGAUAGUUAAUAUUAUUAUUAUUAUAACUUUUAAGACAGUUAUCUCUGGGGUCAGUAUGUUUUUUUAAUUGUCCUCAAUUACAAAUGGCGAUUUUCUCCAAAAUGAUUGAACUACAUUUUUCUUCUUUCUCUGGCAAGAUUUAUAAUUCACCCUAUUUUUGUUUAUAAAAGGAGCACCCGCUGCUGAUUGGUUGUAAAAGGAUCAUGAUCACACCGUACCUUUUGUAGGAAAAUGUUUUUUAUCUCAGGAAAAAAGCAUUAUACUCUCAAGAAAAAAGUUACUGUCCUGUUUUUUUUUAAUAUACAUAUUUUUUUUAAAGAUACAUAUGUUUUGGCAAUAAACACAACAUGUUCCUCAUACACCCUGCUGUGUAUAUGUGAUGUAUGUCAAACAGCUGUGGCCUAGUUCGAUUGUGAGCCAACGUUUCAAAGGAAAAUGGCGCACGUGUGUUCAUUUGAGAUAAUGGUAUGAUUAUUUGCAUUCAACAUGAUUAACAUCUCAUCUA